AUGGUAUGGAGUGAGUCUCAAUGGAUCGAAUUUAAAGAAAAAUAUCCAUGGAUUGUUAGUGCAGAUGGAAAAUUAGGAUGUAAUAUUUGUUCGUCUAUAACAUGCUUGGGGGCGUCAAAGAAAGAAAGAUUACGUAUUUCUAAUGAGUGGAAUCAUUUGAAAAGAAAACAUCCAUUAACUUUAAAUAUGGCAUUCGUAAAUGAGGAUGAUCCAGACUCCGAAUUACUAACUGUAACCAAUUUAACGGGCCCGUCAACUUCAUCAAUCUCUUCUUCUUUACCUAAUAACGAUUUAACAACACCAGAACCUCUUUUAGAGCCUCCUGUAAAACGUCAACGCCAACUUAGGUUAUAUGUUUCAAAAUUAAAAGGUAUGUUAAAAACUGUUCUCAAUGUAUCAGUUACUACAGAUAUGUGGACAUCUGACUCUAAUAACGCCUAUAUUACAGUCACAUGUCAUUUCAUAUUCGAUGAUAUUUUAUACUCACCAGUUGCAACAAGGGAAGUGCAUGAUUCACAUACUGGGGAGCAUAUUGCUGCUUCACUUAGUCUCAUUUUUAAUGAAUGGGAAAUAGGUAAUAAAAUUGUCACUGUAGUAUCCGACAAUGGAGCAAAUAUUAAAAAUGCAAUUAACCAACACCUUAAAAAACAUCAACAUCCUUGUGUGGCACAUACACUAAAUUUAAGUGUAAUUGAAGCCAUAAACAAUAAUAAUGAACUAAGUCAUGUAAUACAAACAUGUAAAACAAUUGUUGGACAUUUUAAACACAGCACUUCUGCUACUGAAAAAUUAAAAAUGUACCAAAACCAAAUGGGUCUGCCUCAGUUAAAAGUCAAACAAGAUGUGUCUACGAGAUGGAACUCCAAAUUAAUCUUGAUGGAAAGACUUCUUCAAAUUAAGGAUCCUUUGUCCGCUGCUAUAAAUUCUCUUCCACGUGCACCAAACGGUUUGACUGCCUUAGAAUGGGAACUUAUAGAAGACUGUAUACCACUUUUAAAACCAUUCGAAAGCAUGACAACAGAAUUGUCUGGCGAAAAAUAUCCGACAUUAUCAAUGUUUAUACCACUAAUACGAGGCCUACAAUUUACCCUUGGAAAUAUCAAACCAAAAACCAAUUCUGGACGAUUAUUAAAAACAGCAUUAUCAAAUUCUGUAUCCAGACGUUUAGGAUCAUUAGAAGGAGAUAAAACAAGUUCAAAAUCAACAUUCAUCGACCCAAGAUUGAAAAAAACGGCUUUUGGUUUAGUGGAAAAUGCUAAUCAAGUACAGAAAUGGAUAGAAGAAGAGUUGUGUGCGAUGAUAUCAGAAAAUACAAACGAAGAUCUAAUCAAUAAUGUAACUAUACCACAUGAUGAUACUAGUAUUCAAGAUCAAACUAGCUCAUUGUGGAAACAUUUUGAUACGAAAGUAGCACAAGUAAAAACUACAGCUACACCAAGUGUAAUGGUUACAUUAAUGAUGCGCCAGGUUCAAAUUUGGACUAAAAUAGAAGAAGAAAAACGAUGUUAG